AGUGGUGGAUAAAAACGGAUUUACCUUUUUUUCCGACUCCCCCAAACGCAUCUGCUGCCUUCCCACACACACACUAUCGUUGCCCCCUUCCUUCGCAUCUCUCGCCGCGGCGGCGCCGGAGGAGGAGCCCCCCGCCGUCGGGAGCGUGGUUAGGGAUGGCAAUGCCCCCCCUGCUCGCCGCCUCCGAUCCCCGACGGUCGUGAAUUCACCUUCUAGGAGCCGGCCGGGGCGGGGAGGGGAGGGGAGCACGAGGUGAGGCGGAGGCAGGCGGCGUCCUGACGUCCCCUCGGCGCCGCCACCGUCGACGGCUCCGGCUACGGCCUCCUACUACGUCGCUGGUCAAGCUACUACCGUUGUACAGUUGGUUGAAGAAUUGUUAGUUUCGUCAAGUUGGGAUGAAGUCGAAGACUAACAGGAGCAUACAGAAGGCGAGAAAAACAGAUAAUGUCCAAGGAGGAGGACCAAACUGGGUUCUUGUUGCAGGAGGAGUUUUGCUGAGCACCCUCUCAGUUAAACUUGGGUGCAAACUGAAACAACUAUUUGAUGCGAAGCAGCGAAAUAGUAAUACUUCCAAAGGCCAGAGAAGGCCAGGAACAUGUGAGUUACACUCAAGCCUCUACCGAUUUAGCGAUCACAUGAGCUGCUACCAUUGCAAUUCAGGGUUUUCAGGCAAUGGAGUAGGAGUAAAGCAGACACCUGCAAGUCCUGCAUCAAAACCAAUUGAACCCUCACUUCCACUUGUGAAGAUACCAGGACCAGAAUCAAGCAAAGAGAAUAAUGGCGUCAUGUGGAUAUCAUCACCUGACCGACUUGAGGAUCCUCGAAAACCAUUUCAGUACUCGAACAGUUCUGGCUCUCCUUGUGUUUCAGAAUCAGGAUCUGAUAUCUAUAGCAAGAGAGAGGUGAUACAGAAACUGAGGCAGCAUCUCAAGAAACGUGAUGAGAUGAUCAUGGAGAUGCAAUCUCAGAUUGCUGAUCUUAAGAAUUCUCUUAACAUCCAGGAGACGCAUUCCACCAAUUUACAGUCUCAGCUGGAUGCUGCUAAUCGGGAUCUGUUCGAAUCUGAACGAGAAAUUCAGCAUCUGAGGAAGAUCAUUGCAGACCAUUGUGUUGCAGAAGCACUCUCUCACGAUAAACCUUUGCUGGCUGGACGUUGGCAGUCAGGUGGCACCAAUGGGCAUGCCAAUGGCUAUGCUGAUAGCAGCAGUAUUGAUGACCCCGAGCUUCAUUUUAUUGGUCUCGAGAAGAGGAAAGGAGAGGUAGAAAGGGUGGAGAUGCUCAAGCGGGAAGUCGGUGAGCUAAAGGAAGUUAUCGAAGGAAAGGAUUUCCUGCUUCAGAGCUACAAGGAGCAGAAGGUGGAGCUCUCUUCGAAGAUAAAGGAAUUGCAGGAGAAGUUCUCAACCCAAGUGCCGAACAUCCUGUAGGAUCUAAACAUGAUGUUACGUUGCUGCAAGGAUCAGAAGGUGGAUCCCUGCUCCACUGACCAGGAAGUUGCAGGCAAAAAGCUGUGAGCAAAUGCUGAAUAUUCUCCUAGGAAAAUUUUCAGAAUGUUAGGUUGAUUGGCGUCUUUCUUUCCAGUCAUCGUAAUGUUAGGUUGAUUUGCUUCCUUUUCGGUUUCUGAUAACAUUUUUUCCCGAGUUGCUAGACCUAGGGUAGAUCAAUUAAUGGAGAUCUUUGAUACUCAAGGUGUUGUACAGGUUUUCGGUUUGCAGACACGGCUCUGUAAUGCUAUUCUUUCUUCAAAACUACGCAUGGCUUAUUGAGGGUUCAUUCAGAAUGCAA